UUUUUCUUUUCCCCUUUUCUCUCCCUUCUCUCCUCCUUCUGCCCUUCUCCAGAUCUGCGUGUGGUUUUGCUCGGAAGCCUUUGAGCUUCCGAGGUUUUGAUGCUUGAGCCGCCGGGCUUCCCGGCCACUCAAGCAUGCUGGAGCCGCUCUGUGCUCCCUCCUCCGAUGACCCUUCCGGGUCUGUCGGCUUUUGGGUCCCUUCCGGUGACCCCUUUUGGUUGUUUUUUUGUUUUUCUUGUUUGUUUGUUUUACGUUCUGUUCUUGUAUAGUUUCUUUUUCAGAUCUGGCGACCCUCGGCUUUAUCCUGUAGAUUUGGGAGGUGCUCGCUGUUUCUCCAGUUCUGGCCACCGCCGGACUGGAUCUCUGCCGCGGCGUCCUGGAGAUCUUGCGCCAUCCUCACCGGAGUAGUUUGAAGGGUGUCCCAUGGCUGGAUCGGUCGACCUCAGGUUGCUCGAGUGAUUUUUUCACCUCCUUUCCUCCCACGCACCGGGCCU